AUGCCGUCAAAUUAUGUAUGUAAAACAUGCAAGGAGGAAUUCAGCCGUGUUCAAGGUCUAAAAACGCAUGAGAGAAAUGAAAGAGACAGUAGUGAGGAUACAGAUCUUCAUGCAGACUCCACGAAUUCCUCAGAAGCUGUAAAAAAUCGAGGACCAGAUAGUCCUCGCGCCACACAUGACCACAUCUCAUUAGCUGAUAGAGAUACGCAAAGCCUAUAUAAUGAGAUAUCCGACAGCCUCGAUUCCGAUGACGAUGAAGAGCCAGAACCGCGAAUUUUCCCCCUUCAUUUGGCUUCCAUGAUUAAAACAGAUAAUCCUGACCUUUCAAAUGUCGGACGUGAUGGACAUGAAACUCGGCAGUUCAUUUGGAAUCAGUCGAGAAACUCUCGAGGUCAAUUUGAAGACGCCACUCUUAGUCCAAGUAAUGGAAGAAUCAGAGACAGUUCCGAAAAUCCAAGUAAUCUUAGUUCCUGUACAGACGACAUAGAUAUAGGAAAUCAGGAUAUCCCUCUCCCAGAAAAAUGGUGCUUGACUGGAGAAAGUGGCACCACGAAUUUUGUAUUUGAAAGCCCCAGGCUCAUACCCGAAAGACGCGAGAGUCAAUUAUGUUUGUUGAACAAUGAGGACGAAGAAGCCGAAGAAAGUGAGGUGGAUGAAGAUCAUAGUGUUGUAAUCAACGAUAGUGAAAAUGUCAACGCGGGAAGAGCUGAGCAGGUCGACACUGCUGAGGAUGAGAGCACCAAGAUGGACGAAAAUGAAAGUAUCGAGGAUGAGAAUCAGGCGGAAGAUACGGACGAAGAUGAAAGUAUCGUGGCUGGCCAUGACGAUAAAUUUCAAACGAAAGAAUAUGAGGUACACGGUGUAGAUAACGAGGAUGCUGUCAAGUCGCAGGAUAAUGAGGGUAUUGAGGACGACAUCUGUGAAACUUCCGGGGCAGAUAAUGGCGAAAAUGGUGGAGUGGCCGGUAAAGAAGCAACUGAGGCAAAGAAGGGCAACUUCGAUGAGGUUAUCGGCAAAGCGAACAGUGAAACAGAGAAUAGCGACAAUGAAAUUCUUGAAGAAUGGUUAAACUACUGUGCAGCACACAUCUAUGAAACAGCUGAAGUAGAACGAGAUGAAACCAUUGAGCUUGAUGAUAAUAGAUAUGGUCAAGCGCGAAUCGAGGGAGAUGUCAUUUUUGAAGAAAGUGGCGGAGGCUGUGGCGACAAGACUAAUGCGGUGGAAAACGACGAUAGCAUUGAGGCUACCAGUAAAGGAGCUACUGAGGUGGAGAACCAGAAGGGCGUUGAUGUUGAUAGCAAUAAAAUCCUUGAAGAUUCAGGUCUCACGUUCGAUGUUUUUUUCAACACACCUGUUGAAGCGGAGAGCGGAGAUAUCAUCCAAUUAGAUGGCGAGGGAGAGCUUAGAGUGACGGAAAUUAGGAAGAAAGAGGUUGCUGUUGACGAGGAGAUAGUAGCUCAGGAUAGUGAGAUUACUGGAGCAGAAGACGAGGAAAUCAUUGAGGCUGAUAUUGAUGGAUGUUUUCAAGUGCGAGGAGCCGAUAACGAUAUUACUAUGGUCGAUUUUGUCGAAGGUUUCUCCGGCCAUGAUACUGCUGUAUUGGAGCAGUACGAUAGCUUUGAGGUAGAUGAAAAGGGCAACUUUCAGUGGGGCGAAGUUGUAGUGGAAAAAGAGAAAAACCUUGAGGACGAGUACAACGAGUACCUGCGUGUCCGAAACAUUGAAGAGAAUGAGACUACUAUUGAUGAGACUGUCAAACAGUACCUCGAGAUGACUGUCAAAGUGGAAAAUGACGAUAGCAAUGAAGUCGAUGACAAGAUGAAUUGUCAAGAGUGCGAAGUUGUGGAGAAAGGAGUUGACGGCAGCUUGAUUAUCACGGCGGAACGCCCCAAAUAUGGUCCAGAAUCCGAAUUUGAGCAGGAAGUAGUUGAUUUGAACGAGAGCAUGGAAAUUGACAGCGGUAACAUUGCUAAAGUUGAGAAUGGUGAUAGCAAGAUGAAUACUCAGGAUGAAGAAUUCCACAACGACCAAACCUCUGUAAUGGACAAUGACCGCGGUAUUGACGCCGACUACUUUAACAAUAGCCUAGAACGAGAGGUUGAACGGGAUACCAUGAGCGAGAACAUCGGAGUCAACAACGAUGAGAUCGCAGAAGCGGAAAACGGGGAAAUCAUCUUGGCCGCUGAUAAACCAAUAAAAAAGCAGGAAGAACACCAAAACUCUGAAACAAAUAGGAGCAGCGUUGAGUUCAAAGCUCCAUUUUCCGUCCGACUGGAGUACAAGAACCCCGUUCAAAAUUUGGAAAUGAAUGUGUGCCCGCUGGAUCUUUCCCGUGGAAUAUAUUGA